AGGUGAUUCCAGUUUCCCAGUUUGGGAAUAGGACAGCUUCUUCGUCGUUCCAAUCAAACCAGGAUGAAUCACUUUGUAAGAAGCUCGAUUUGGAUAUAUAAAGUGUUGGAGAAUCACCAGAAAGUUGAAUAAAUCUCAUAGGAGUUGGGAUUAAGAAGUGGUGUAGCCAUGACCAGAGACAUAGAAGAGGAGCUGAGCGAGACUGAUGAGGAUGAGCCAAGUGAUGAGACUGCCGUAGAAGAGAGGAGUGAAGCUGAGGAUACUGAAGAGAACUAGAACCAGAGUGAGAUACCAUGUGAGCCAGCCAGUGUGUGGAGUGGACCAGUUACUAGAUCAAGACUGAGAGCACAAGAGGAGAGGCUCCAGGAGAUAGCCAAAACCGUGGGCCUUGGUUCAAGGCAAGGAGAUCAAGAUAAACCAGCUUGUUGGUUUAAUUUAAUUACUUUGUAAGGGUUUUGGUUAUUGGGCUUUCAUUUAAUUUAAACCAAAGACAAUUAGGAUUAGAAUUAGAAUUAAACCACCUUGGUUUAAUAUUAGGGUUUUCGAUUUUCCCUUAAGAACAUGGGGGAUGCAGCUUUGUUUUCUUAACUUUGAAUCUAAGAAUUAUUCAGUCAACUUUGUUGUCUUGUCUCUAGCUUUCUCUGUUCAGCUCUAGAACAUUGAUCUCACUUAAAGGAAGGAAUUCCUGUGAAUCCCAUCUUAGACAAUACAAGGUGAUCUUGUGUCUUUGAGUAGCAAACCAUCCUUGGCGCCAACCCACAGGCUCAGGGAGACGUUCAUAGUUCAAAGGAGAGCUAGUAGCUUCUUAGAACACCCUCUAUCCAUCCACCUUCAAGUGAUCCAGAGUUUAAGCCAUACCCAGGCUGCACCAAGUGGUAUCAGAGCCACUUGAAGGUUAGGGUUUGCGAUUUGACUACUCAGAUCAUUCAUUCCAUCAAACACUUCUCUUAUCUUUCUAUCUGUUGUAAGCCAGCUGAGCCAACCCUGCAAAUCAAAAAAAAAAAGAAAAGAGAUCUCUGAUCCAAAUCAAAAAAAAAAAAAUAUAUAUAUAUAUAUAGCUGAAGAGUAAUCCAGCUAGCUGAAGAGAAAUCCAGCUCAGGGUGGUAAAGUCAGCUGGUGCCUAAAUCUCUUAAUACUUUCUAUCUGAUUCAUUGGGGUUUUAGUUCUAGAUCUUAAGUGUAGAACUUUGUUUUUCAACUGAACUUGUGGGAAGAGCUGAGACUUGGCGAUUUGAAAACUUGAGUGAGAGAGAGAUAAUUUUGUUCCUGGCUUUGUGUUUUCUCUAACUAUGUCAGGAACAAUGAGUGAAGAGAGACGAGAUGGAAAGCAACCUGAGAGUUCAGGAGAACCGGCUGUCCAGCAAAUCAACCUCAACCAAGUUCAAUUUGAGGCUAUGAUAGCUGAGAUAACCAGAAGAAUGCAAAAUACUUACAACCGUGCUCAACAAGCUAAUGAAACUUUACCUGGUGAUAAUGCAGGGCAAGAGAGGGACGCGGUUGCUGCUGGAGCUCAGAGAGCACGCAUUGGACCUAUAAGAGGGCAACGAGUUGAGCUUAGGGGUCGUGGGAUUUAUGGAGAACAUUAUCAAGAAGAGUCAGCUGAUGAAAGUGAUGAUGGAUCUCAGGCUAGUCAUCAUGGUAGAAAUCACAACCGCAGGCGACCAGCUACUGAUAACCUAGGCAAUCUCAAGCUUAGAAUCCCUCCAUUCCAUGGGAAGAAUGAUCCUGAUGCUUACUUAGAGUGGGAGAAGAAGAUUGAACUGGUUUUCAAUUGCCAACAGUUCAUCACUGAGGAGAGAAAAGUGAGACUAGCAGCUACUGAAUUCUGUGGUUAUGCUAUCAGCUGGUGGGAUCAGAUUGCUACUACCAGGAGACGCAAUGGAGAGCCUCAGGUAGCUUCCUGGUUUGAGAUGAAAACUGUGAUGAAGAAGAGAUUUGUUCCUAAUCACUAUGGAAGAGAUCUACACCAGAAGUUGAGAAGGCUUUCUCAAGGAUCUAAGAGUGUAGAGGACUAUCAUCAGGAGAUGGAAACACUCAUGUUGAAAGCUGACUUAGAAGAAGAAGUAGAAGCUACUAUGGCUAGAUUCCAAGGAGGUCUUAACAGAGAUAUACAAGAUAGGUUGGAGCUACAAGAGUAUGAGGACAUGGAUGAACUGCUACAUAAGGCUAUUUUGAUUGAGCAGCAGAACAAGAGGAAGAGCUCUACCCGGUCUUCAUACACUCCUGCUUCAAAACCGGCUUACUCCAAGGAAGAUAAGCCAGGGGAUAAGUCCAAAGAAGGUUCUUCUUCAGUGGAGACCAAGAGAGAUGACAAGGGUAAAGGAGUAGCCACACCUACUAAGACCAGGAACAUUAAGUGUUUCAAGUGUCAUGGUUUUGGUCACUAUGCUAAUGAGUGCACCAACAAGAAGGUGAUGACUAUCUUAGCCGACGGGGAGGUGAUAUCUGAAGAGGAGGACGCCGGCCAAGAGUCUGAUGAGGAAGGCGUGGAGUACCCUGUCCGUGGAGAGCUAUUGGUCACCAGGAGACUUCUAAAUGCUCAACCUAAAACCAAAGAAGAUGAGCAAAGGGAAAACUUGUUUCACACCAGAUGCUUGAUUCAAGAAAAGGUUUGUAGCUUGAUCAUUGAUGGAGGAAGUUGUACUAAUGUAGCAAGUGCUGAGCUGGUGGAGAAGUUGGGUCUUCAAGUGUUCAAGCAUCCUAAGCCAUAUCUCUUGCAAUGGAUCAAUGAUGAGGGAGGAUUAAAGAUCACCAAGCAAGUGAAGGUAUUGCUAUCAGUGGGAAAGUACCAGGAUGAGAUCACUUGUGAUGUAGCACCCCUGGAAGCUAGCCACAUCCUUCUUGGACGUCCAUGGCAGUAUGAUAAGAGAUCAGUACAUGAUGGCUUUACCAACAGAUACACUUUUAUCCAUAAGGAUAAACAAGUUACCCUGGCGCCAAUGACCCCUCAGGAGGUACACCAGGAUCAGAUGCAUCUCAAAAUGAAGAGAGGAGAGUCCAAGGCCGCCAGCAAGUCCUUGCUUCUUGAAGAGACCAGCCAGGGUAAGUAAACUCAACCUCUUUGC